CUGUCGAAAUACCAGAUGCUGACUAGAAAAGCUGUGAAACACUGUGUCACCGAGUUUGAGCAGAUGGACAAGUGCGGGCAGCUCACAAAGCUGCGAGAUUCUUCGAGCAGCUCUACGUUGAAGGAAGCCCGCGAGAAAACUAAAGAUGUUAUGAACUAUGAUAGAGAAAGUCCUGAGGGUUUAAAAAUUACAGACGUUCACGGAAUGUCAGAAUCAUUUGAUGAUGUAUUGGCAGAAGUCGUGAAAGAAAUGGCAGAGUUUGUUAAGUUCGAAAAAGAGUUAAAAGCACUUGCUGAGAAAGGAAACGCAGCCUAUACACAGUGGGUAAGCAAGCUCAGGAAUGAGACUGCGAAACUGAAAGAUGACAAGGCCAGGAAGUUCCUGCAGUCAUUCCGGACUCAUCUACAGACUUAGAACGCUCACUAACUAUCAGAAGGGAAAUGUACAGGACAAGAUGCAUAAAUCUGGUUGGCAUUUCGACGGAAUUAUGGCCCUUUUUGACUUAGUAACUUUGAAUAUUUUAUUUUAUUUUGUGUUUACAUGCACUUUACUUCUAAAGUAUCAAGGCUAUUGCUUUAAAACUUCGAAUACUUUCUUACUAUCAUGAGGAUGUGUACAUGGCAAGUUUAAUUUGACCUUGACUUUUGCAUGACAUUGAUUCUU